AUGUCGGUGGCGGAUUGGUAUGCUCGCCAUGCCUUUAUCCUCCUACAAAAUUUGCCGCGCGGCUCGUAUAUAUCGAUAGAUCAGCAUGCAUAUCGGACAGACACAUCUUUUGAGGGCUUCAAACUUGUUCCGCCCGGCAUACACUGCAUUGCAUGGCAGAGUGCGGCUGCCUCCGCGGACGACGGCGACCGACACGACGGCUUGUCGGAGGGUAUUCGAUCUAUUUGGUUCUUUUACGUUCAGGAAGAAACCGUUCUGGUACGCAUGUAUGAUGCAACGUCCGAUACAUGGAUGACGGCGCCCGGUACAGGUGCAGAAACGCCUGUGAUUGUCUCACGAGAUCACCUCCAAAGCAUGGAUCGCCAUCUGGCUGCUUACCCCAUGGAUUCAAGCCCAUUAUGGCAUCGUUUAACACACUUUUUACGGCUCAGCCGAAGCACCAUCGAUCGUGUGUUUGGCAUCGACGCUCGCUCUGCCGACGCCACGUGCGAUUCGUUCACGCCGGUGACAGAUCGUAAUGCACGUUCCUCGUUACGAGAACUUCGUACGGAUCCUCGCCUGCAAGAAGAAAUUUCUCUACCUGGGCUGGCAUUCACCUCAUUUUCACUCUCGCAUAGUUGGCCACCGGAGGCGCACGGUGAGGAAAGGACACGAUGGAAUAUGGACAAAUCUUGGCUGCUUGAGCAUGUGAUGCAGCGAGCGUGUGACGCGGAAAAGGUAUCGUUAUCUCACGAGCCACUGCUUCGAGAGUUUGAACUGUGUUUUCUUCUAUUCCGAUGCACCAGCAACGCGGCAGCGUUGGACCACUGGAUGGCCAUGGUCUCUCUCUUUAGUCGUGCUGCAGCCUAUAUUGGUGCCCCAACGCCACCGCACACCUUGCAUCCAUGUGAAUGGGACACCGCCUUGCCUUCGCACGUGUGGGCACCGCGCCUCGAGGCGCACAGAGCCUGGAUUCAGACACUUGUGUCCCAGUUCGAAGCCCUACCAUCCACGAUUUGGACAGAAGACUUGCUCACGUUCGAGGCCCAGAUCUUGGAGGAUAUGGCAAGUCUGCGCAUGAACAUCAGCCGCAGCCUCGGCGCCUGGGCAGCCACGUCGUCAUCAUCGCCGAGUACAGAGCAUGAACAACUCGUUCAGGCGUGGCGCAAGCUUAGUGCCAUGGCACAAAAGCAAUUUGAGUGGUCAUUAGACUAUUUACUCGAUGAAGAAGUAGAAGCUGACGAUGCUGAGGAGGGGGAAGAUGCACCUGUUAUCGUACAUAUGAGUUAG